AUGGUAGGACCAAAAAGUACUGUCAAAAAGCCCCAGUUCAAGAGGAACUAUGUUGCCUGUCUAAACUGUCGAACCAGGAAAGUGAAAUGCGACUUGGGUAGUGUCGACAACCCACAUGACCCUCCUUGUGCAAGAUGUAAGAGAGAACGUAAAGAAUGUGUCUUUGUAGACUCCAAAAGAGGCUCGACGAAACAAAAGACCCGAACCACCCAAACAGUGUCCCAUCCAAACUCGAUUAAUCCAAUAUUACCACUGCCCAAUCCCUAUUUCCAUGCCAACUCAUCAAUGUUGAAUGAAAAUCAUGCAAUGAAAAAUAUCAAUAUACCAAUGACAAAUAAUCCAAACCCACUCCUUUUGAAGGAAACCUUGUCUUCUGAUUUUUAUCAAAUGAGUGGCUCACUACCUCCUUCUCAGAAACACCCAACACAUAGACCAUCACGUUCCCAGUCUUUCGAAAGCGAUCCUAAAUUGGAUCAGGGCAAUCAAGAUUCAAGCGGCAACAGCAGUGAAAAGACUAUCAAGAAGAUUAACUUGUCUGAAUUACAUUCCAACUCUUCGGUACCCUUAGGUGUCCAAAAUUUUACAAACAAUGCAACCAUGAUUUAUCUUGCCCAUGUGUCAGGCAAUGUGGCGUCACAGGCAACCUAUAGAGAUCAUGCAAGUGAAGCAGAGCGUUUAUCAGAGCUAGAAAAAUCAGUUCCAAUUCCCAGAUCGGUUUCAAGCUCAAAUGUGAAUGAUUCGCCGUCCAAUUCUUACUUUGAUUCAAAGAUUAUGUCUUCGGCUAAAGAUAGCGAGCCAAUUCAAGAUACUUUUGGACAUGAUAAGUCGGGUGUUAAUUUGAAUCCAAUCAUGAAUAAUGAUAGGUUUACAAUCCCUCCCUUAACUACAACUCAUAGUAUGAUCCAACGUCCCACCACACAGUUGGAUGAAAUAGAUUAUAUCAUUUCGUCGAACGAACCAGAUGCCGUUAAGGAGAACUAUAUCUUGACUGACGUUGAAGCGAAACGUCUGAUACGGCUAUUUUUCAUCACAUUGCACCCAUUUUACCCCUAUGUACCUAAAGAAAUGAGGAACCACAACGUACUUGCUAAUUAUCCAAUUCUAUUAUGUGCCAUCUUGGCAAUUUCGUCAAGGUAUAAUUCAUUGCCUGAGAAAAUAGGAGAUUGGGACAAGACCUUGGAUGAUGACACCGAGAGUAGAAAGGCUAUAAGAGGAGAGAAAAACAUUUACAUGAACAAUGUCGUUGGUGAAAGACACUUAGCAGUACAUGAGAAAUUGUGGAUUUACUGUCAAAGGUUGAUGAGUAUGACCGUAUGGGGAGAAUCUUCGAGUAGAAGUGUUGGUACAAUCCUUACUUUUUUGCUGUUCACAGAAUGGAAUCCAAGGGCAAUUCAUUUUAGGUGGGGAGAUUAUGCAAACUCAUCGCAUGAUGACUCUUUGGCAAAUCGUAAGACAAACAAAAACAAAAAUGUGGGUAAAGAUCCGACUCAUCUAAAAUCAAAACGUAAGUCCUCGCAAUCUGCUCAGCAACAACAACAAUUACCUCAAACUACACAAUUACAACAGCAUCGGUUAGAAAACCAGCAAACGGAAAACGAAUCAGAAGAAGAAUUCGCCGGAUUGAGUGCUAUGAAAAGAAGUGAAAUUAUGAGCUUCAUGCUAAUUGGAACUGCUACCCGAUUAUCCUUUUUAUUGGAAACUGAUCCACUUAUAUUUAUUGCUACUCAUAUAUCUGAAAUUAACAUUGCCGUUGGUUUAAAUAAAAAAUCAAUGUUACAGCAAACACUAAGUGAAGUUGACGUCAAUGAAGUAGAAUAUGGUUUUACCUCGUAUCAAAAGGCAAAUAUCGAAUUGUUACAAUUCUUUUCGUUGUGCUAUGAAACUCUAUAUGGCACUAGACCUAAAUUUAUUACCCUCGAUAAAUAUCAGACAUUGGCCAUACUUGAUAUACUAUCUCCUAUUCUAGAGAACUGGUAUAGAAAAUAUCACAAACUAUUGAAACCCUCGAAUGUUCAUUGUGCUCCCUUGGCCUCAUGCGGUGAUGAGGGAUCGCCUGAUUGGCUGUACUUGAUUUCAGUAAAUCCAAAACUAGAGAAGGACUUGACCAUUGGUAUCGAGCGUGAGUCUCUUAUUUUAGAUUAUUAUUACACCAAGUUAUACCUAUAUUCAUUAGCUUUAUCAGGUGACACAUCAGUCAAUUCCAAUCUAAGGAACUCAAAGAAAGGUAGAAAUCUAAGGCUGGAUGAGUUAUCGAGAUACUCUAGGUACGUUGAAUUGGCAUACAAAGCUGCUAAGGAAGUCUUGGCUGUUAUUCAAAGGGUUAAAAAAUUAAAACUUUUGAAAUACAUGCCUGUCAGAUGGGUAACUCGUGUGAUCAAAAGUGUUUCUUUUAUUGUUAAAUGUUAUUUAACUUUGACUACUGAAGUUCAAACAAAUAAAAACAGUGGUGAUGUUUCUCGAGAUAGAUCCGAAUCAUCUUCCAGCGCGUUUGAGGGACAUUCAGUUGAAGAAAAUACUAAUGGGGAGAUUUUGAAAUUGAGUGUCAUACCCUUAGAAGAAAUUAUCACAUUAUUACAAAAAACUGCUAUUUGCCUAAGAUAUGCGGCUCCUGAUGAGUUACAUUUAUGUACUCGAUAUUCUACCAUCUUGAUGUACUUGUGCUCCCAGUUCAAGACACAAAUCCGAGAACGUAAUGACAAAUUACGAAAUGGCAUACGUGAGUACGAGAAAGACCCGGAGUUUCAAGAUACUGAUGAACAGCCGGACCUACCUACCAAAGUUGAUUCAUUCCCAGUGGGACAAUACCAACACCCUCCUCAGAAUAGUGCCACUUAUACUGGAAAUGAGAAUAUGGCUCCGUCGUGGUAUAAUAAUCAAGGUAUAUACCAAAACAUGUCAACAGUACCUUCAGAAUACGAUCAAAAAGAAACAAAACCACCGGGAACUAACCAAGGAUAUCAAAACUUAGAGGGAACUUUGCCAAAUAUCAACUUCAGCAAUGCAAACCAAGAAUUAUUUGAUGAUUUUUUCAACAAGAAUCCAAGUGAAAAAUUGUUUAACUUCUUUUCUACAAACGAUAAUAAUCCAGGUCUAGACUUUGUUGAUCAGUUUACAUCAGAAAUUGAGAAAGAUUUCUUGAGUAAAGGUGGUAAACAUUAA